AUGUUUAGUAUUCACGAUUUUGUUCCUUACGUAUUUAAUUUGGAAGACAGCGUAGUAAUGCUUCCAAGUAAAACCGGUGGUAAUAUCAGUAUAGAACCAAAAAUUUCUGAUUUAGGGUUGGCUAAGAUAAUUCUUGAUACAAAUCCAGAAGAACUAAAUGAAAGACAGCUUAAGAUUAACGAUGCAUUUUUGAAAGCAGAUGAAAUUAUUUCAACAUUAUCAACAACUUCAUUACAAUAUCGAGAUCUUAGAUAUACAUCUAAAGCUAUAG